CCUUAAUGAAUAUUUGAUUGCUUAAUAAUGUUCAAGUUGUCAGAACUUGUUCGUUGGCUUGGCCUAACAGAGUUUGAAAUAUUAGUAAACUUAUGUGGAAUGCUUACCUUUACAAUUGUGUUAGCCUUUAAAAUAUCUGGAGCCUAUACAACUUCAGUCAUCGAUUGGUUUACAACUUUCAGUCCAUUAUUCUGUAUUGACAUUUUCAAUGCGUAUUUCUGUGUCAUAGUAGGUAUUCGCAUGUACCUUGAUUCGGAUAACAAACGGAAAGCACUGCAUAGAGUUAUGUGGAGCUCCUACUUUUUAGUGCUUAUUGCGAUAUUCAAGUAUUUGCUAUGCUUAAAAUUAUCUGGGCAAACUGGACUUGAGUAUAGUGAAGUUUUCUCACCACUUUUUGUCUUACUGCAGUUGGUAGCAAUAAGAGCUUGUCAAAUACCUAAUUCGUAAUAAAAGAAAUAUAUAUAUUUAUGAAAACCCUCCUUACA